AAGAAAGAAAGAAAGAGCGCGUGUGAUGUGUUUGUGUAUCCUCGGUGUUUUUCUCUCUUGCGUGUUUCAUUGAGUGUAAACAGACUCUUGUCUCUGUGUAUUUAAGUGUUAAGACAAUGAUGAUGAUGAGAUGUGCUGUAAAUCAGUAGGAAAUUAUCUGUCCAUGCUGGAUAUAUUGAUGAUUUCAUCACAGAAAUCUCUCAGCUGAAGAAAGAGGUGGCGUUACUUGAGACAAAGCUGAUAUCAAGAGGAGAUUUAGCAAUGAAUCGAGAGGAUGUGGAUUGUUGUGAAUCUUCAGUGUAUGUGACUGAUGAUGUGAGUCUGGAUUCAGUGUGGAUGAGCAGAGAUCAGAGCCGCACACCACAGACACUGCUGGACUUUAAACUCUCUGAAGAGAAAUCCAGACACACACAAGACUCCGAUCUCAGUCUGACUUUACUCUCAGAAAUGAAAUCUGAACCCACAGAAAUCAAAAUUGAACCCACAGAAAUAAAAACUGAACCCACAGAAGAGGAAGAUUGCACUGACGAAGAUGAUGAUUUUCUUCCAUCAGAUGUGAAGAGUGAUUCAUGUUUGGAUAUAGAAAUAACGUCCUCAACAUCAAAAGAGCGACUGACAGCACAAACUCUUUCCUGCAUCACCUGUGGAAAGACAUUCAGCUCACAGAGACAUUUAGAGAGACAUGAGAGAAAACACACAGAACAGAAACUCUUCACCAGAUCUGAGAUCAGCUUUACUACCUUACAAGAGAAGAAACUUCAUUCAGAAGACCACAGAGAGAAGAAGAAGAAGAAGCAGUUUCACUGUGAGCAGUGUGGGAGGAUUUGUGUCUCUUCCUCUGAUCUAAAUGUUCACAUGAGGACACACAGUGAUGAAAAGCCUUUCAACUGCACUGAAUGUGGAAAUUCCUUCAAAACCAAACAAAAUCUUGAUAUUCAUCAGAGAGUUCACACAGGAGAAAAACCUUUCAAAUGCUCUCAGUGUGCUGAGACUUUUUCUCAGUCAGGUUACUUAAAAACCCAUCAGAGAGUUCAUACUGGAGAGAAACCUUAUCUCUGUAGUGUCUGUGGGAAGAGUUUUACUCAACAUGCUACAUUACUAAAUCACACGAGACUUCAUACAGGUGAAAAACCUUUUAAAUGCUCUCAUUGUGACAAGACGUUUGCUUAUUCAAGUCACUUCAAAUCCCAUCAGAGAGUUCAUACUGGAGAGAAACCUUACGUCUGCGCUCACUGUGGAAAGAGCUUUUCUAAUUCAUCUGAAUUAAGAGUUCAUCGAAGAGUUCACACUGGAGAGAAACCUUAUCAAUGUAGUGUCUGUGGGAAGAGCUUCUCUAAUUCAUCUCAUUUAAGAGUCCAUCAGAGAGUUCAUACUGGAGAGAAACCUUAUCACUGUAGUGUUUGUGGGAAGAGUUUUAGUCAACGGGCUAACUUACUAAAUCACCAGAGACUUCAUACAGGUGAAAAACCUUUCAAAUGCUCUCAGUGUAAUAAGACGUUUGCUCACUCAGGUUCCUUAAAAACCCAUCAGAGACUUCAUACUGGAGAGAAACCUUAACACUGUAAUGUUUGUGGGAGUUCAUCAACAGUCAAACUUUGUAAAACAAGUUAAUAGUAAAAUAAGAACAAAAAACUAAGACUA